CAGCUGGCAAGGUCAAAAGUCACAAGUUCAAUGCAGUCGUCAUCAUUAUUUGCAGUUCACUUCCAGCGAGGGUGCAAAAGUUGCGGCAACGCGGUAAGGCGACCACUCUCUCUCGUGCUUUGGGUUGAGCUGUCCAGCAGCACAGCAGCACAUAUACCUUUUCGCGUCAUCCCAUAUCACCAUGAAGCAAUCAAUCGAGCAACAGGAGGACUUAGUCAAAGGCAAUGAUCCUGUGGAAGUUCCAGAUGAUGAUGCCAUGGACCAACAGGUGCCAGCUUUGCUUCCCGUUCCUCGGGUUGUCGUCCCCAAUGAUUGCGCACAGUCAGCUGUGUCCUCCAUCUCUAAUGGGAUGCCGGCAGCUUCCAUGUAUCCAACUUUCCGUGAUGUAGAUCAAGGGGAGGCUCCUUCUUCCAUUAAUAUGGCCAAUGAUCGUGCCUUCGAGAGUCAACCAGAAAGCACAUCAAGCCUUCACGAACACCAACAGCAAACUCCGCCACUACCCACAAUGGAAGACCGAGUGCUGGCCAAGGUGAACGAAGAGUCAGUUGCUUCCGAGAACAUUCCUAAAAAAACCAGUCAGCAGAAGCAGAAAGAAUCAGACGAUUUGAAAAUGCCCGCAGGGUCGGAAGCAAGGGGUAAAGAGUGUGAGUCAAAACAAGAGGAAGUAAUUCGAAAAGCAGAAGUCAUGGCAUCCUUGGAGGCAGUCACGGUGAUGGUUUCAGCAAGGGAGGAGCCAGGGGCGUAUGCAGAGGCAGGUUUUAUGAACAGGUCCGAAAUUGUACACCGAAGAGGACAAGCUGGUCCAGAAGAAGAAGAAGAGAAUACGACAGUGAUCUCCAUGAAUAGCUUGGGAAAUGAAAACAAUCCAGGCCAACAGCAAGCAACAGGAUUGGCAAGGGCUUCCUUGGUGCCUGAAAAAUCGGAUCUACAAGUGGCGCAGAGAGUGGAUGCUGAUGAUCCAAGCAGCAGAAAUGCCAAUAAAAUUCAAGGAAGGAAAACAGGCUUGUUUCCCCUUCUCUCCUGCUUGUUGAUUCUAAUCAUAGUGAUCGUGGUCCCAGUAUCAAUUAUCCUGACCACUGAUGACACAAGUGAAGUGGCACAUGACAGGGAAUCUCUGAGGAGUGAGAUGGAAGCACGGAUCACACUAGCCCUUGGAAAAGUCACAUCCCUCAACCUCGACGACGAUGAUGGCCCUUAUUCGAAGGCGUUGGAUUGGGUUCUCCACGAGGACCCCUUCCAACUUCUUCCCGACUCUGAAAACCUAGUGCAACGAUUCAUUCUGGUCCUCUUCUACUUUCAAACAUCCGAGAAGUAUGGACUUUGGAAGACUUGUAAUCCGAAAAGUCGGCUCCUCCAAGUACUCAACGAAACCAUCACAACGGAUAUUUGCUAUUUUCGCCAGGUGUACAAAAUGACAACUGUGUCUAAUGAAGUACUGGAGAUUCUGUCAUAUCAAUGGCUUACCGGUCGACACGAAUGUGAUUGGGCAGGAAUUCGAUGCAAUCGCACCAGCAAGAUCGUCACCGAAUUGCACCUAUAUGACUUCAACCUGACUGGAACAGUCCCAACAGAGCUUGUGAAGCUAGAUGGUCUGCAAGUUUUAGCAUUUCCCAGAAACUCGCUCACCGGAACCCCGCCAUCCGAACUGGGUCUCAUGCAGAACUUGCAAGAGAUAACCUUGGAGUCCAAUCAACUGUCAGGAAUCCCAAUUCCUGACGAGUGGUUCCGUCUUUCUAACCUCAACCGUCUGCAGCUAGGAGACCAUCGUCUAGGAGGGAAUCACUUCUCACCCACGCCUCUAUCUUCCCGGAUUGGCCAGCUGACCAAGCUGCAUUAUCUGGAUCUGUCAUUUGCGGACACGACCGGAACGAUGCCUUCAGAACUAUUCCGGUUGACAGAACUGAAUGAUCUCAUCUUCUGGAGGAAUAACCGCAUGACCGGAACACUCCCCACCGAGUUGGGGUUGCUGUCCAAGCUCGAGUUUUUCUCAGUGAGAGACUCGUUGAUGGAAGGAACUCUGCCAACUGAGAUUGGAUUGAUGGCAGAGCUGCGUGAACUUGACGUAUCAGGUGCUCUUUUCACGGGGUCACUUCCCAUUGAAUUCUACACUUCCUUGGAACGGUUGUGGGCGGUCAUAUUUGUUACAAAUGAGCUAUCGGGGACCAUCAGCAGCUACAUUGGUGAUAUGCCCAAGCUGGAGUACCUGUUGGGCCAGCGGAACUUUCUGAGCGGUACAUUGCCCACAGAAAUGGGCCGCUUGUCUCGGGCAAACCGGAUCGGUCUCAAUCUGAAUCGUUUCACAGGCACUGUCCCCUCUGAGCUAUGUGCUCUCCGAGGCAGCACAAGGCUCAAGCGGCUCAAGGUUGACUGCCUCCCAUCUUCUUCCACUGGUGAGAUUCCUAUCGUUUGCCCAGUUGGCUGUUGUACCAAAUGCUGCGAUCGAGAUACGGGAACAUGUCAACAGGUCGAAGAGUAUUAGUUUGAACUGAUGUGCACGUGUGAUGGGAUGCCAUUGGGUGAUGUGCUGGUAUGAAGGAUGAAUGGAUGGAUGGUGCACAUGUAGGGAAUGGGAUGUGUACUGCAAGAGGGUACUUGCUGUGACAAUCUGUUCUAGUAAUUCCAAUUGAAACAAUCCACACCAAUCCUUUGAGCCAAUGAAUUAGAAUAUGGUAGCGCAGCUACCAGGUAACAUCUAGCCCCAACGAAAGUACGAAGUGGUCCCGAA